UUAGCUAUUAUUGGGUAUUCGGCUGUAUAAAAGACAGGUAUUCAUAGGCUGUAAUGUGUAAAUUUACUAUUUCAUAUAGUAGGAUGGGGAAAGAUGGUACACCUUUAGCACAUAAUAUCCAAACACCCUCAUCGUGUUUUAAACAAUUAACAGCGGUAUUUGGUAGUCGCAGGGAUCAGGUUUUAUAAUUACUCGAAUUCUUUUUGUUUACUACCAAAUUAGAAGUGAAAAUUGAAUAAAAAUUUAUCCCAUCUCCCUCCACCCUACUCUUAAGGCCUGGCAAAGAAAAAGAGUUAGGCUAUACCAGCAAUAGUCUUAUUGUGUCUGAGGAUCCGAGACGUAUGUGGUACUGGUAUUUUAUGCUAUUGACGUAAUUCCCAUUGUGUUACAUAAUGUUGUCUCCGAGAGAGAAUGGGGGUUAAUAGAACAGUAGCAAGUUAUUGGUCACAGUUAACAUUACAUGAAAAUUUAGCUUUGCAAGAAGCCAGCAGCAGGCGGAAUUUUAUAUUUUCGUUAAUGGACAUUUUAAACACAACCAACACGGAAAAUUUCACUAACAAUGUAACAACAACAGUUGAACCCAAUAGUAAAAUCUCUGGUGACAGUCAUUGGGCGUACGGUUUUCUGGUGAUCAUAAUUUUCCUGUUUAUCUGCAACAGACGAAAUACGAGAACGAGGCGGGCGACGACGUCUUCUCAAACGGAAGUCACAACUAUAGCGAAUCAAAUACGACCGGCGACGAACGGUACUUCUCCAGUUGCGGCAGAGAGUCCACCAACGGCUGGUACUUCAGCCAGUGCAAAUCCACCGGACUAUGAUACGCUGGUCAUGAUAAACGAAAACUCACCGAGUUCCGGUGUUCAUCGAAAUACGGCAUUGCCAGGAGUCGGCUUACCGACCAAUGCGCAAGAAAAUGAAUCAGAACAAGCUCCUCCGUCCUAUCAAGCUGCGACGCAAAGUAGCUUUAGUUAAUGAAACUCCAUAUUAUUUGUUGCAGUACUUGCACUUUCUUUUACUACUGUGUGUUAAAUGUGUUUACGUUUUCAAACAUAUUUAAUUUGCCAUUAAAGCCAUAGAAAAGGUGUUUGUAUGAUUCUGUUUAAUAUUACCAAAAAUGAAUUGUUCCAAUGGUGCUGCAUUUCAAUAAAAUAUGCGUUUAAAGGGAAA